AAGAUGGGGUGAAAGCCAAUGAGGCCCUGUUGAAACAGCUCAAGCAGGAACUGUCCUUGCUGCCACUUACGGAACCCAGCAUCACCAACAACUUCAGCCUUUUUGCCCCCUUUGGCAGUGGCUGCCUCAUCAAUGGGCGGAGCCAGCUGAGGGGGGCGUUUGGCAGUGGGGCGCUACCCACUGGCCCUGACUACUAUUCCCAGCUUCUUACGAAGAAUAACCUGAGUAACCCGCCAACGCCGCCUUCUUCUCUGCCGCCUACCCCACCCCCAUCAGUACAGCAGAAACUGGUGAAUGGGGUCACUCCUUCUGAAGACCUGGGGGAACAACCUAAAGAUGCGGCCCCUGCCCGAGAGCCUGAUGGGGGACCAAGGGAUGCUCCUGAAGUGAAGAGUUUGGACCUGCUGGCAGCUCUUCCCACACCUCCUCACAACCAGACGGAGGAUGUCAGGAUGGAGAGUGAUGAGGAGAGUGACUCUCCUGACAGCAUCGUCCCAGCUUCUUCACCAGAGAGUAUUCUUGGGGAGGAGGCACCUCGAUUUCCCCAACUGGUAUCUGGCCAGCAGGAGCAGGAGGACAGGGCCCUCUCCCCGGUUAUUCCCAUCAUCCCCCGGGCCAGCAUCCCAGUCUUCCCAGAUACCAAGCCAUAUGGGGCUUUGGAACUAGAACCAACAGGAAAGCUGUCUGCCACCACCUGGGAAAAAGGCAAGGGGAGUGAGGUGUCUGUCAUGCUGACCGUCUCUGCCGCUGCCGCCAAGAAUCUGAACGGUGUCAUGGUGGCUGUGGCCGAGCUGUUGAGCAUGAAGAUCCCCAGCUCUUAUGAGGUGCUGUUCCCAGAGAGCCCUGCCCGAGCAGGGGCUAUCGAGUCCAAGAAGGGGGAAGCCGAGGGGCCUGGUGCUAAAGAGAAAAACCUAGGGGGAAAACCUGCCGACGGUGGCAAUGACUGGCUGAAACAAUUUGAUGCGGUGCUACCAGGCUACACCCUCAAGAGCCAGUUGGACAUCCUGAGCCUCCUCAAGCAGGAAAGCCCUGUCCCAGACCUGCCUGCCCAGCAUUGCUAUAUCCACAACGUCUCCAACCUGGAUGUCCGUCAGCUCUCUGCCCCACCCCCUGAGGAACCUUCCCCUCCCCCUUCGCCCUCAGCUCCCUCCCCUGCCAGCCCCCCAGCUGAACCCUCAGCCCCAUCACCCCCACCACUAGUUCCCUCACCUCCGAUGCCUGAAGCAGCUCGCCCCAAGCCCAGAGCCCGGCCCCCCGAAGAGGGUGAGGAUGCUCGGCCACCCCGGCUUAAGAAGUGGAAAGGACUUCGCUGGAAACGGUUACGGCUGCUGCUGACGAUCCAGAAGGGUGGCGGACGGCGGGAGGGUGAGCGGGAGGUAGCUGAGUUCAUGGAACAGUUGGGCACAGCUCUGCGACCUGACAAAGUGCCCCGGGACCUUCGGCGCUGCUGCUUCUGCCACGAAGAAGGAGAUGGAGCUACUGACGGGCCUGCCCGCCUCCUCAACCUCGAUCUGGACCUGUGGGUCCACCUCAACUGUGCCCUGUGGUCCACAGAGGUUUAUGAAACUCAGGGUGGGGCAUUGAUGAAUGUCGAGGGGGCCCUCCACCGAGGGCUACUGACCAAGUGUUCGCUGUGCCAGCGUACAGGAGCCACUAACAGCUGUAACAGGUUGCGAUGUCCUAGCGUCUACCACUUUGCCUGUGCCAUCCGGGCCAAGUGCAUGUUCUUCAAGGACAAAACGAUGCUGUGCCCCCUUCACAAGCUGAAGGGGCCCUGUGAGCAGGAGCUGAGUUCUUUUGCUGUCUUUCGACGUGUCUACAUCGAGCGGGAUGAGGUGAAGCAGAUCGCUAGCAUCAUCCAGCGUGGUGAGCGCCUACACAUGUUCCGGGUGGGAGGGCUAGUGUUCCACGCCAUCGGGCAGCUCCUGCCCCACCAGAUGGCCGACUUCCAUAGUGCCACAGCCCUCUACCCAGUUGGCUAUGAGGCCACACGCAUCUACUGGAGCUUACGCACCAACAACCGGCGCUGCUGCUAUCGCUGCUCUAUCAUUGAGAACAACGGGAGGCCUGAGUUCAUCAUCAAGGUCAUGGAACAGGGCUUAGAGGACCUGGUCUUCACUGAUGCGUCCCCCCAGGCUGUGUGGAACCGUAUCAUUGAGCCAGUGGCUGCCAUGCGGAAGGAAGCCGACAUGCUUCGGUUAUUCCCAGAGUAUCUUAAGGGCGAGGAGCUCUUUGGGUUGACAGUGCAUGCCGUCCUACGAAUUGCAGAGUCGCUGCCCGGGGUGGAAAGCUGUCACAACUAUUUGUUUCGAUAUGGACGGCACCCACUGAUGGAACUGCCACUUAUGAUCAACCCUACUGGCUGUGCCCGCUCUGAGCCCAAAAUUCUCACUCACUACAAACGGCCUCACACCCUCAACAGCACCAGCAUGUCCAAGGCAUACCAGAGCACCUUCACAGGCGAGACCAAUACCCCAUACAGCAAGCAAUUUGUGCACUCCAAGUCAUCCCAGUACCGGCGGCUUCGCACUGAGUGGAAGAACAAUGUGUACCUAGCUCGAUCUCGUAUUCAGGGCCUGGGGCUCUACGCUGCCAAGGACUUGGAGAAGCACACAAUGGUCAUUGAGUACAUUGGCACCAUCAUCCGAAAUGAGGUGGCCAACCGUCGUGAGAAGAUCUACGAGGAGCAGAAUCGAGGUAUCUAUAUGUUUCGUAUAAACAAUGAGCAUGUGAUUGAUGCCACACUUACUGGAGGCCCUGCCAGGUACAUCAACCAUUCUUGUGCCCCCAACUGUGUGGCAGAGGUCGUGACCUUUGAUAAGGAGGAUAAGAUCAUUAUCAUCUCCAGCCGGCGCAUCCCCAAAGGAGAGGAGCUGACCUAUGACUAUCAGUUUGACUUUGAGGAUGAUCAGCACAAAAUCCCCUGCCACUGUGGAGCCUGGAACUGCCGGAAGUGGAUGAACUAAGCUCAGAGGCAGCUGGGCAGGGGAAGCCCUCCAAAGCCCUUCCCAAAAGGGUUGAAGGGGAAGAGAGCCAGGACCCAGAGCUGGGGCUGCUGGCUGACCAGAGCCCCAGGAGCAGGAUGGGGCUAAGGGCCCCGGGGCAGUGCCCAUUCUGGGCACCAGGGAUGACUUCCCUCCCCCACCACAGGCCCCAGGCUGGCAUAUCUGCCCCCAGCUCCAGGAGCCGACAGACAGAAACAGCCAUUGGGCAUCUCAGGUUCGGGGGGUGGGGGGUUGGGUAGAUAUGGGCUGGGCUCUACCUGGCACCGUCUGGGAGGCAGCAGAGACGGUGAGGAGGGUGGCGGCUUGGGUGUCCCAGCCCCAGUGCUCCCACUGACGUCCCCAGUCCAACUCAAGGCUGCAAAGAGACUUGAUUAAGCUUGACAAUCCCAAAGGCUGGGUCCCCACACCUGGCCCUGCCCGCUGGGUCCUGUCCCCACUUCCUAAUCCCCUCCUUCCCUCUCUCUCUGUCUCCCUCUUCUCCUCUGUGUCUCUCUGUCCCUCUUUCCAGCUCUCUCUCUUUCUGGUUUUGUGUUUCCUUGUUUUCUCUCUGACAAAUGCAACACGAACGGGAAAGAGGCACCCAGCUGCCCGGGUGGGGCGGGCAAGGCAGGCGAGCCGGGCAAGGAGAUCCUGCACCCACACCUACCUCAUUUAAGUGUUGGAUUUUUUGCUGUUUUGAAAUGUGAGACCCUCUCCCCAGCCCUCUAAUCCCUCAACCCCCUGUCUGAAUUGGGGGUAGAAGGGAGGGGAGGGAAAAAAGGAAAAUCUUUAGAAAAAAAAAAUCUGUUUUUAACUGUGGGCAUGGGGUAGUGACUAGGGCUGAUGGGAAGUGAUUGAGAGAGGGUGACCCCUUGAUCCCCUCAGAAGCUGGGCAUCUCUCUCCCUUUGAACAAGUUGGGAGGGGAGGUGUUGGGGUUGUGUUUCAGAACCAGGGUGUCCUCCUCUUGUACUCCCAACCCCAUCAUGAGCCCAGUGCCUCCCUCAGCCUCUCCCUGGAAUUGGAGGGGAAAGAGGUUCUCUGAGUUGUGUACCCAUUCCCCAUGGGGCAGGUUGGGGCCCAGAGCUCCCUACUUCCCCAGCCACCAAACUGCUGCUGGUCUGGUGGGAAAGGGAGGUGUUGGGGGUAGGGGAGCUUAGUGUCAUCGUGGGGAGGGUGGGGGGGUAUUUAUCUAUUUAUAAGCCGGAUUGUAUAUAGUCAUGUGGGGCAUGGGGGGGGGGCCAGCAGGAGGUGAGAACCCUCCCCUCUCCCCCCCACCCCCUGGGGAGAGCAAAUGUAAAACUACUAAUUUUUGUGCUUUAUAUAUUCUAUAUAAAUAUAUCUAUUUUCUUUUUACAAAACCAGUUUAUAAAUGGUAGGGGGCGAGGGGAGGGACACCCGGGGCUCCCCUUGUGGGGGGGCUGCCCUCCAUUAUCCCAGACCUGCUGCCCUGCUCCUCCCCCACUCCCCUGGCUGUGACUGCUGUAAAGGUGAGGGGAGGGGACAGGGGCUGGGCUCAGUUUCCCCACUCCCAGAUGUACAGUUGGACUUUUAUAACGCACAAAAGUGAGCUGGCCCCUAGGGGAGCCAGAGGGUGACGGGUCCCCUCCCUCCUUUCUCUCCUAUCUCCCUCCCUAAACUUGUGCUGCAGUUGAUUGAACUUCUUCCUGGAGUGGGGGGGGGGUAGGGUUGGGGGGAUGGAGUAACUCCUAGGCCCCUCUCUGGUAGGGAGCCAUAGGUUUGAAGAUGAAGUUUUUAUUCAGUUCUCUCUUCUAGGGGCUGUGGGCAAUGGGCAUUUUGUAAUUAUUUUAAAGAAUCAAAAAUUUGGAGCAUGAGGAUGAAGAAGGUGAUGCCAGUGGAGAGGGCUGGAACAGGGAGCCUAGUCGCUGUUGUGUUUUUAGUUUUUUUUUUUUAAGUUUUUGUUUUGUGUUUUAAUUUGAGACAGAAUGGGGUGGCAGUGGGGUGGGGGGGGAGGCUGAAGAUUUUUUUAGGGAAAAAGAAAAAGCUGCUUCCUCAACUGUUUAAAGAUGCAAAGGUUUAAGAGAACUUCCCGGUCCCCCCUCCUUCCCCCAGCCCCCCAACCUCCACAAGGAGCAAAGAGAAGCGGCUGUAAAUAAACCAGGCAGCAAGAGACUGGGCUUCUCUACCACCAACACUCGGGUCCUGCCCUCACCACCCCCAACCACUCUUCCUUUCCAAGAGCUAAAGGCCUAGGCUGCUUGGGAAUGGAGAGCACUUGGGCCAUACCCAUUGGUUAACUGGCUCCCAGACUGGGCUGGAGCCCAGGUUUGGGUUUGGGAUUGGGGAGGGAUAGGGGUUUGGGGGUGGGGGGCAGACUUUGUAAGCAUAUGCUAGGUAUCUGAUAGUCCUGUAGAUCUUAGUGAAGAAACCUUAUACAGUUUUUAAUUUUUAUAUAAACUAUAACUCAGAACCAAGCUGCAAGGUUGGAAUUUUGGUUUUUUUGUUUUGUUUUGUUUUUAAGUUCCCCGCUUGUAUAAUUGCAUCGGAAGCGCCCCCCCCCUCCCGUGUUUGUAAUUUUGGGUUGGUUUACACUUGCACAUAUUCGAUUUUCAGUUUUCCCAUUUAAAGGAUCCCCUUCACCUCCAGGACUCUCCUUUCCCCUUUUCCCUCCCUCCGCCUCCCUUGGAAAAAAAAAUCGCUGACAAGUGUGAAUCCCGUGAAGACUUUAUUUUGUGUUGUGUAUGCUGUACAGCAAGGUUUGUCCUUCGUAACAACAGAUGAAAUGACUCCCCCCCCCCUUUUUUAAGGCCUCGCCCCUCCCGCCCCCAGCGCCCCUGUCCGUGGCAUGUUUUGUAUCGGCGAUCAUUAUGAACUGUACAUAAUUUAUGUUGUGAGAGGCAAAGGGCAAGUUUUGGAUUUUGCUUCUUCCAAGUUUGUUUUUAAAGGACAAAUAAAAAAAAAAGCAUUUUAAAUACAAGUCGCCUGGAGUCGCUCGGUAGC